AGAUAUGCACUGAAGAAUAUCUAGCAGUGUGAUGGAUGUGUCCAUUGGAGAAGCUCUCCCAUGUUUGGUGUAACAGGGUUUUGACAGUCAGGUCACUACAGUACGUGACAUUAGUGAUCGUCAUUUCUAUGUGUUGUUGAUCCUCGAGAAGCUUGGAUACAUGAGGAUAGAAAUGUAGCUUUGAUGUAAGUGGAAAUAAAUGUGCAAACCCUUCGUGAUUGAUGAAUUAAAACAGUUCCUCCGAGUCAAGCCAACAGCUAACGACUACGCAGUGGCUUUGGGAUGAAGUGUACUUUCGCCACAGAGCUGGUUCUGUUUCCGGUCUCGCCGCAGCUGUUUUCAUUGGCAAAAAUGACCAAAGUGCAGCUGUUGAGCGGUUACCUGACGGAGCGGCUGAGCGCGGUGGUCAAGGAGAUCCUGGAGGUGGUGGAGGACACGGUGACCGAGUACCGGGAGGAGGCCGCCCGGACCCGGCGGGAGAACGACAGUCUGCGGAAGCAGCUGCGGGACAUCCUGCUGCUGGAGACCGACACCGAGUGGCUGAGGUCGACCAGGUCCGGUCUGGGUUUGGCAGCUCCUCAGCAGCAGUGCACUGAUCCAGAGCUGAGGCUGCACUCUGAGGAGGCGGAGCUUACUCUGAAGCAGUCCCGGCCGCCGCCAGUCAACUCAGCCAAACAGAACCAUGAGCGAGCGGUGACUGUCCAGUUACUGUCAGUCCAGAAUGGGACGCCCCCCAGGACCUUCCUCCUUCCCAGGGAGGAGGAGCCUGGUGAGGCCCGGGAGCCGGUACUGAAGCCCAACCCUCAACAGGAGCUCAUCAACAAAGCGUCACCUCUGCCUCUUCAGUCGUCCCUGACUCCGCCCUCUUCCUCAGGCGCCACAAACCCCGCUGAGGUUCUGGUUCUCAAGGCGGAGCCAGGAGCAUCUGCCGCGAUCAAACCUGAACCCGACGAACACAAAGUAACGGAAGCUGAAGGUCACGCAGACUCUGUGAUGUCACACGCUCGCGUCACGCCGCACGAACCCAACGUGGACGCAGUGCGGCCGCCCGCGCGCACCGACCGCCGCGAAGCUCAUCGAAGCAGGAAGUCCUCUCAAGAGAAGCCGACGGUGGCCGACGACGCAGAGUCUGGCCACGCCUCCGAGCUCGUCCACCGCUGCCCCCGCUGCGGCGAGGCGUUCGGUCAGGCCGGCGGGCUCCGCCUCCACCUGGAGCAGAAACGCAAGACCUACGCAUGCGACUGGUGCUGCAAGUCCUUCGCGCAGUCGGCAGACCUGCGGCGCCACCUGCGCACGCACACGGGCGAGCGGCCGCACUGCUGCACCUUCUGCUCCAAGAGCUUCAGCCAGCGAGGGAACCUGCGGCGGCACCUGAGGAUCCACACGGGCGAGCGGCCGUACAGCUGCCCGUUCUGCUGCCGCAGCUUCAGCGACGGCGACACCAUGAAGAAACACCAGCGCACGCAUUCAGGAGAGAAGCCGUACCGCUGCGCGCGCUGCGCCGGGUCCUUCAGCACCGCCGCCGGCCUGCAGGUCCACUUAAAGAAGGACAUGUGCUUCGUGGCCAGCGGCUGAGCCCACCACGUUCAAACUAAUCUUCAUGAUGAGAAACUCUGGGGCGGGGCCCACGUACGAGUCACGUUGGAUUUUUAUUUUGGGAUCUACAAACACAGGUCACAUGACAAACCUCUGUGUUUAUUUAUUCAUAUUUAUUAUUUAUGUCUUUGGAGGCACCGACACUUUAACUUCAAAUGUCUUAUUUUGUUCAGAUCGACGUCAGUGACACAAAGUGACCACACGAGGCAGCAGAGGACCAGUAUGUGUGUGUGUGUGUGUGUGUGUGUGUGUGUGUGUGUGGUUUAUAAACUUCAGUCUAACACUGAGAUAAAUUGACAAACAUAUUUUUACAGAUAUUUAAGAACAUAUAUCUUAACAGGAAACUGCAGUUUGUAAACCACUCACACACACACAGGAGCUGCUGGUCCUCUGCUGCCUCGUGUGGUCACUUUGUGUCAAAGACGUCGUAGACUUCAACUGAUUUUAGCCUCAGAACAGAAACCUUUUCUGAGUUGUGUUUCUCAGCAGCAGGGGGCGCUCACAGCACGGUCACAGCCGGAGACGGAACGUCCAGAGUUUUUACCGCGAGCACUUGUGACACGUUUACGUCUCAUACGACCAGCCACCAGGGGGCAGACGUCUCUGCAGCGACGCGUCCUGUGAGCCGUCACAGAGGACGAGGAGACACGAGGACAUUUAGCUAAUUUUUUAUUUAUUCAUGUCAUGGAGGACAUCAAGACUGAGACAUGAAGACAAGUGUGAUGUGAAGACACUACAACACAAGAGCACAAGCGCCUCCUCUUCCUCUUCCUCUUCCUCCAUGGCACCUGUUAAAGUUACAUCUGUGUAUUUAUGUCAGUGGGAUGUUUGUGAGCAGGCGGUCACUUCCUGUGUGCGUGUGCGUGUGUGGGUGGGUGGGUGUGUGUGUGUGUGUGUGUUCAGGGUCCUUGGAAACCUUGAAAGUUUUAGAAUUUUUCUUUUCAAGGCCCUUUUUGAAUCGUUGAUAUUUAGGUUAACGUCUCCCUCGUUUGUUACGACGCCACCUCUGUCCACUGUCCGUCUUUGUGUCCACUGUCUGUCUGUGUGUUCACUGUCUGUCUGUCCACUGUCUGUCUGUGUGUCCACUGUCUGUCCUCUGUCCGUCUUUGUGUCCACUGUCUGUCCUCUGUCCGUCUUUGUGUCCACUGUCUGUCUGUGUAUCCACUGUCUGUCCUCUGUCUGUCUUUGUGUCCACUGUGUGUCCACUGUCUGUCUGUGUGUCACUGUCCGUCUUUGUGUCCACUGUCCGUCUUUGUGUCCACUGUCAGUCUGUGUGUCCGCUGUCCGUCUUUGUGUCCACUGUCUGUCCUCUGUCCGUCUUUGUGUCCACUGUCUGUCUGUGUAUCCACUGUCUGUCCUCUGUCUGUCUUUGUGUCCACUGUGUGUCCACUGUCUGUCUGUGUGUCACUGUCCGUCUUUGUGUCCACUGUCCGUCUUUGUGUCCACUGUCAGUCUGUGUGUCCGCUGUCCGUCUUUGUGUCCACUGUCAGUCUGUGUGUCCACUGUCUGUCUGUGUGUCCACUGUCCGUCCACUGUCUGUCUGUGUGUCCACUGUCCGUCCACUGUCCGUCUUUGUGUCCACUGUCUGUCUGUGUGUCCACUGUCCGUCUUUGUGUCCACUGUCAGUCUGUGUGUCCACUGUUUGUCUGUGUGUCCACUGUCCGUCCACUGUCUGUCUGUGUGUCCACUGUCUGUCUGUGUGUCCACUGUUUGUCUGUCCACUGUCCAUCUGUGUGUCCACUGCUUGUUGAAUGUGGACGCCGUCAUGUCCUUCCAUCUUAAGCUGGGUCAGCACAUUCAGUCCUUGAGUUUGGGGGAAUUGGUCCUGGAAAGUCCUUGAAUCCGAUGGGAACCCUGCGUUUAUUUUCCCGUUUUUAACGUUUGAUCGCGAUGUGGAGGAAGUGGCCGUGGCAGGUUUGCGAUGUUUCAGAGUCACAGGAGAAUAAAUCAGUGUUUUCUUCUAAAUUCUUUUUUAAAUGAAUGUGAACGAUGUUCAAUUUUUAGUUGAAAUAAAUGUUCAGUGAAACUGUU